AUAGGUUACGACGGAAACUCUCGCUUCACGGUGGGAGCUAACGGAGCUAACGGAGCUAAGGCAGAUCUACUUCACCUGAAACCCGUCACCCCCUUCACCCCCCGGUGAUCCACCGGAACCGUCCGGGACGAGGAGACCGACGGCCCAGCGGGUUUUAUUCACGUCAUUGAGAAGGUUUGUGCCGGGUCCGGGUAGAGCUGAACCGGUCCGGACGUCUUUGAGCCGUCUCCCUCCUGGAACCGUUGCUCCGCAGCAUGCUGGUCCGCCGUCCACCAUGUCGGACUGUGACCCGGACGCUGUAGAGGAGCCGGGCCACCCGGCGGGCCCCGCCCGCCCCCCCCUGGCAGCUAAGGCCCUGUCGGAGACGUUUGUGCGGCUGCGGUACCAGGACGCGUCCCUGCUGAUCUGGCAGCAGCAGCAGCAGCAGCAGCUUGCGGCGGCGGCGCCGUCCACCUACCUGAGCCGGUCCCAGUCCAGCUGGUACAGCAGCUACGGGAACCAGGCCGUGCUGGUCCGGGACAAGAGGGGCCUGCAGGGAGCAGACGGACAGUCCAGGAUCUGCAGCCUCAUGUAGACCUGAACCGGGAACGUGGGCCGGACUUGUACCGGCUCAGACCUGGUCCUGAACUAGAGCGUUGUGGAGGAAACGCCACAGAAACGGCUGAAUCACAGUUACAAAGCAAGUCUGGGUUUUCAGAGACGCUUGAGUUCAGGUUCACCCUCGUAGUCGGGGACCCCCGCACUCCGGACACCUGUCCAGCCUGAACAGAGCGACAAGCGUCCUCCCAGAAUGCACUGCACUGACCUCAGGUCUGACUACGCACCUUUCCAAAGUGAUUAUGGGAAAUGUAGACGCUCAGGUCAGGCAGGAUCUCCGUCAUGUGACCCAAGUCUCCAAAACCGCUAUUAAAGUGCUUUUAGAAGAUGUGUAGUUUUGUUGUCCUUCUGGAACAAAUACUGACUUCAUCCUGCACCUAUAGAGGGAAUGGGCAUGACGUCACAGA